GCCGGCCCGUUGUUUGUUAUGGUUGUGUUUAAAGUAAAAAAAUGCAGCAAGAGGAAUUAAAAAACGAUGGAGAUGCCUUCCGACGAAUUUUCAAAUAUUAUAAGCAAAAACAACCACCUCCUGAUUUGUCAGUCGUUAUCAAUUUUCGUGAUGAAUCGAGUUUCGAAAAACAUGGAAUCAGACAACAUUCUCCCUGUGUUGCUUCAGCUGAUUUAAAUUAUGCUUUUCAUGAUCUAGGACUUCAGCCUAUAAACAAUUGGAAAGUGUUUACUAUUCACAAACACUCGGGGUUGUAUUUCAUUUCUAACCCUUUUACCAAGAGUGGAGUACAGCACUGGAUUGAGCGAUCCUUUGAGAAUUAUUGCCUUCCACCUAAUCCAACUAACAUUAAGGAAAGCAUCGACUUAAGAAAUUGCCAAGAUUAUACAAUUUUUCAAAAACUUAGAUGGGCCACCCUUGGAUAUCACCAUAAUUGGGAUACAAAGGAAUAUGAUGAAAGUUACAAAGGUGAAUUUCCUUUGGAUUUAAACCUCCUUUCCAGCAUUAUUGCUCAAAGUAUUGGGUUCCUAUCUUUCAAAGCUGAAGCUGCAAUUGUCAAUUAUUACGCGCUUGAUUCUUCAAUUGGUGGGCAUACCGAUCAUUCUGAAAGAAAUCACGAAGCUCCGUUGAUUUCUAUAAGCUUCGGACAGACUGCAAUAUUUUUACUGGGCGGGACUGACAAAUCCGUGAUACCAACUCCACUUUUCAUUCAAAACGGAGAUAUUGUCAUCAUGUCGUCAGCAACAAGACUGUGUUAUCAUGCAGUGCCUAAAAUAGUAACCGAUCCUGAAUUUGCCAUCAAGGGUCGGUGGUCAUCAAUCAUGUCAAAAAUGCGCUUGAACCUUAAUGUUCGUCAAGUCAACCUGUAAAGAAAUUUACUGCCCAUCAUGUUCGUUGUAUUAUUGCACUCACUAAAAGGCUGUAUAUAAAAAGGAGGGAAAUACAUUUCGGGUAAUAAACACAA